GAGAUUGAGAAACUCUGGGUGGGGCUGACCCUGGCUAUUUCUUGUGUCUCAGCGAGCUGCCUGACCAGUGACAUGUCUCCCUUUUCCCCAGAGCCGGGACCCACCAUGUUUCCUUCGGUCGUCACCUUACUGGUCUUUGGAUUAUGGUUGAGCCAGCAGAUCAGAGCGCAAGAAGGCACGCUCCCCAGCCCCACCCUCCAGGCUGACCCAGGCCCGCUGAUCCCCCUCAAGAAGCCUGUCACCCUGCGGUGUCAGGGAUUUCCUGGGGCUGAGAGGUACCGUCUCAGGAAAGAAGGAAGCUCUCAGUACAGAGAUGUGGCCACAACUAGGAGGGAGGCUGAGUUCCCCAUCCUGUCCAUGGUGCCAAACACAACCGGGAGCUACCAAUGCCUCUACAAAAGCCAAUCUCAUUGGUCACAGCCCAGCGAGCCCUUGCAGCUAGUGAUGACAGACUGGUAUGAUAAACCAUCACUCUCGGCCCUGCCCGGCCCAGAGGUGUUCUUGGGAAAUAACGUUACCCUCCGCUGUCAGUCCCAGAAGUGGUUUGAAAACUAUGUGCUGCACAAGGAGGGAGAGGCCGAAUACACCCAGAACGAAGGAAAAUGGUAUCACAGCGACUUCCACCUCUCUGAGGUCACAGCUGCUCACCAAGGCUCUUACAGGUGCUACAACUUUCACAUUGACACCGUCUACCAGUGGUCAGCCCCCAGUGAUCCCCUGGAGCUCAGGAUCAGAGUAGCCACCGAUGACCCUGAGCUUCCAGUCUCCAGCAAGCCCUUGACUCCGGCAAACUCGACAGUGAACGCUGCGGCCCAGAAUUACACGCUGGGAAAUCUCAUCCGCCUCGGCCUGGCUGGGCUGGUCCUCGUCGUCCUGGGGAUCCUGCUAGUGGAAGCCCGCUGGAGCCGGAGAGGGGCACUGAGAAGCUGGCCAGAAGUCACGGCCCAAGCAGCCAUCCCAGGCCAGAGAGCGAGGCAGUGAAUUCACAACAAGAUUUGUAAAGGGCUUCUCUUUCUGGCCACCCCAAACGCUGACACACAUGCCCGAUGUCCGGUGUUCUCGUUGUUUGCUCAGAUUCAAUAAAGGGAGCAACGGGAUCAUUAUAA